CCGCGCACCACCGAGGCUGCGCAUUCCUCUGUAGGCGCGGCGGACUUUCCCGAGCCGACUGCCGCUGGAAACAGGACAGCUGCGCUUCAGCCACGGUGUGUGUGGACAGGGGACGCGGUGAGAAAUGGAGCGCGGAGCUGCGCGUAAACGGGGAGAGUGACGGACUGACAGGAGUUUGGUGUCGGUGGCUGUGGCCAUGGCCUGCUGGCAGUGGUGCCAGCGCACCUGUGUGUGCCUCAUGAGCGAGGAGGAGAAGAAGUCCAUGGCUGUGCACAAAGAGAUCCAGAGGAUCCUCAAGCAGCAGAAGAAGAAGGAGAUGAAGGAAGUUAAAGUCCUCCUGCUGGGAACUGGCGAGAGUGGAAAGACCACCUUCAUCCGACAAAUGAGGAUCAUCCACGGGCGAGGCUUCUCAGAAGAGGAGAGGAAAACCUUUGCUAAAUGUAUCUUCCAGAACAUCUUCUUGGCCAUCAAGGCCAUGACCGGCGCCAUGACCACGCUCAGGAUCCCCUACUCAAACCCAGAGAACGAGAUGUUCGCCAAGUGGCUGCAGGACGUAAACACAGUGCAUAUCACCCAGCUGGAACGGGGCUACGUGGAGGCGAUCCGCCGCCUCUGGGCCGACCCGGGCAUCCGUGUCUGUUACAGGCGCCGCUGCGAGUACCAACUCCUGGACUCCACAGAGUACUACAUGAGUAAUCUGGAUCGCAUCGCCGUCCAAGACUACAUCCCCACAGAACAGGACGUGCUGCGAGUUCGAUUCCCCACCACAGGCAUCCACGACUAUUCCUUCACCAUCAAGCCUGUCACGCUAAGGAUUGUGGACGUGGGCGGUCAGAAGUCAGAGCGUCGGAAGUGGAUACACUGCUUUGAAAAUGUCAUCUCCCUCAUCUUCCUGGCCUCCCUCAGCGAGUAUGACCAGGUCCUCGAGGAGAGAGAAGACAUAAACCGAAUGGAAGAGAGUCUGGCUCUUUUCUACACCACCAUCCAUUCCCCCUGGUUCCUCAAAACCUCCAUUAUCCUCUUCCUCAACAAGACUGACAUCCUGGCUGACAAAAUCCAGACCUCCGAUCUGCAGAAAUACUUCCCCAGCUUCACAGGUAAGAGGCAAGACCCUGAGGAAGCAAAGAAGUUCAUCCGUAAGAUGUACGAGCAGCAGGCGAGGAAACGUGACCAGUCGGUGGAGUGGAAGACUCUUUACCCACACUUCACCUGCGCCACCGACACCAACAACAUCCGCAGGGUCUUCAACGAUGUCAAGGACACAGUGCUGCUCAAAUCUCUUGAGGAAUAUGGAAUCAUGUGAACUUUUACUUUGUUUAUAAUUGUUGGCUUGUAAGAGUGGAAGCUCUGAUGGACACCAACGAUUCAUCUAAAGUCCGGACAAUCUCCUCCUCCUCUUCACACUCAUCACUUCACACCUCGAUGAAGAAGCAGGUGCAGAAAGGGAAUGGAUUGUACUCAUCGUUGCCACACUCUCUCCUCUUCCUCCCAAGUAGAAAACAGGAGAAGGUUUUGGGAGGACUCUGCAGGGAGACGUAACAAGACCGGGGGGGUGUUUCAUCAGGGAGAGAGGAUCCUGUUCUUCCCCUUAGCCAGCAGCUUUUCUGCCCAUUUUGAUUUUGUCGUUCUAUUGUUUGUUUUCUUUUGGUUCUUGUUUUUCUUCAGAGUUUAGAGUUUGGGUCAUGCAGUGACUGAACGAAUCCACAAUUGAAGAAGGAGCAGAAAUGCUAUGAAGUGCUGUGCUGCCAUUAACAGAGUAAGAAGUUGUACAAGAGAAGAUGGGGCCACGCGUGGGCACACCACCAAUGUCACACACAUUUUAAAUGCUUUAUUACCGUCAAGGGUAGCUCCUGCUUGCACACACUCCAACACAUACUGCAAAAACACAAAUGCUUCCAUCAUGUCCUGUGUACGGCAAUACAUAAGGUCCAACUACUCCACUCUUUAUCCCCACAUAGUUCAAUUGUUUAGGCCUGGAGUUGUCCCACACUAAACACAGUCAUCAAGCGCAUGUACUGCAUGGGAUGAUGGCACGUGGGUGGUCGGCUCCUGUUUGGCAAAUCUGUGCCAAAGGUAUGUCAUAGCAUUACUGCGCUUCAACCAAAGGUGCUAAAAUCUGCUUUGUGCUAUUAGGGUCAUAUUCACCAUUUACCACAUGGACCCCAUGUAUACUCACAUCCAGAUUACACCUUUCCGAGAGCAUUGCAUGUUUGUCAAAAAUCUGUUUUGGGAUAUUUGGGGAAAUUUAAGCUCACAUCCAUUUUGUUCGGGCCACAGAAGGCCAGAGGUCAUUGCCUGAUCCACAUUGGCAUACUAUCUGGGAUCCUGAACCUUGUCUGUGAUUAAUGCCACCAGAGUUGAUUGUCCAAAUCCCCAUUGAUUAUAGCUAAAUUGCAUCCACUGCCUAUCUCCUUUUAUUAAUCUCCAGUCUUUGUUUUACAGUGUGACUGUAAAAGUCCACACAUUCUUACUGUGUUAAACGGUUUACUACGUUUAGUCCUGUGUUACAUGUGGGCAAAGUGCAGGCUGUGUGCUCUAAAGUGGAUGGAUAUGUAUUGCACCUGUAAAUGCUUCCACAGACUACAGGCUGUGGAUCACAAAGAAAAAAAAAAUAAAUCACAAUAGGUGUGAUGCGAUGUGUAAUAAAUCCUCCAGGAAAUAUAUACAUAAUAGCUUUUUUUAAAGUUUUGAGGAUAUAAGGGUUUUACUUUAAAAAGAAUGUCACUUUUGAACUAAUAAAUUAGCUUAUCUUAGCCAGAGUUAAAAUGUGCUGUGAAGCAGAUCAUCACUGGUACAGGAGGCAGAAAAGAUGUUACCUUUCCCUGUUUGCCUUCAGGGCGUCGCUACGAUGCUAGCUCCUACCUUGUUUAGCUAGCUAAUUAGCUGCAGCUCCACAUGCUAACGUGUUACCUCGUUUCCCUCCCUCAGGGAAUAUUGGUUGUGUGCAUAACCUCCAGCUUUGGUGGUUAAGAGAUCCACUUGUUCAUGGCUCACACCUGCUCUGGUGCUCAAGACACUGAGCUGCAGCCUGCAGUUUUUUAAAUGGUAACAGAGGGAAAGGGUCCCCAAAAAGCGCCAUGAAGUUGAAUUGAAUUUAAAUGUUUUUUAAAUUUGUAUUGCCUGUUACUUUAUUUAAAGAAUGGAUUGCAUCGUAAGACAAUUGAGUCGCUCAAAGUGACAAAUCACCUUUUUUUGGUGCAAUUUUCUGGCCAGCCACCAAUGAUUUGGUACAAGAAGCAGUUUUGAGCUCAAAAGUUCUUUCAGUCACUCUACAUUGUCUAUCCAGCACCAAAUGUGAUUCAUACUCCGUUUAAGAUGAGCAUGUGAAUUGGCCUGGACCAAAAAUAGAGCUAAAAAGAGCUUUUUAUCAAACUAUAUCUUCAACAACUCUGCAGCCAAUGCUUCCUGUGUCCAGUGGGGCUUGUUUACCUUCCUGUUUACACCAGCAUGUGCAUGCACGUGAGGGUUCACUUGAUAUGUUACCUUUUCAAGGAAAUUUGUGUGGACAGGGAUUCAAACGGAUACGAAGCCAAAGAUCGUUGUAGUGGUUUGGAUGUAGCCUAGUCGAGCCUCUGAGACUGAGAGGAUUCUGCACCGGUUCCUUUAUCUGUCUUUGGUCAAUUUUUUCUGCCAGCCCUGGAGAAAAAUAAGACACUUUAUUAAAAUCAAUACCAUCAAUUUAAGCUCUAAUCACACUUGGUGGCUGACAGGUUUUAAAAAGGUCACAAAUUAAAAAAAAGCGAGGCUGAGAAAACGACGGUGGGCAAAAAAAAUCUGCGUGAUCUCCUUGUGUGUCCUAUUUAUAUCAAUGUGUGGAGAGGGGAAUUCUAUGUUGGUCCGGAGCUUGAGCUCUACCCUUGUGUGCGUCACUGGGUGUUGAGUGUGUGUUGAGUGGAAAAUGACAUUGAAAUUUAGUAAAUUAACUGACCUAGAUGGGAAGCUAAUAUCAGUUCACAAUGUGUCUGUGACGAGGUUCCGGCUGCUGUUUUGUUGAUUGUACAUAACAUGUUUUGAUCUCUCCACGGCUGCUUCAUGUAUGCAGAUGUGGUAGCUACAUAGUUGAGUCUUCAUGAUGCCUUCAAACACAAAUGUCAGAGUUUUACUGUACAUUAACCGAUGACUACUACACUUUUGAUUGAUUUUUAACUGCUGUAUUUUAAAAUAUUUUUUACCAACAGCACAUAAACUGUGACUAGAGAAGGUGUUUGCUAGUGAACUACCUUAUUUUGUGACGGGAGACCUCCUCUCAUACGGUGACAGCAAAUAUUUUACUGUAGAUUCGGGUGAAGGACGUGGGCAAAUAUGUAUUUUUCUAGCUAACAUUAAAAACAAGCGUCUGUACACGCACUCGUC